AUGGUGAAUAACGCAGAAAUUGUAAAUUUGGUCAAUCAGUUUCGACAACAAGAUAUCAACAAAGCUGAUAAUAAGCAAAUAAUUUUGGAUUAUCAGAACCGUACAACAGUUAAUGAUCCCAGUGAUAAAGCUCAACGAAGGUUCUUCAAACAUGUAGAUCCUGCUUUACUGAAAAAGAAUAUGUAUAGAAAAUGGAUUGCACUCAGCAAUGAAUUUGUUCCAGAAGUUGGAAUUGAAGAGAAGGAUACGCCAAAAAAUUUCAUGGCUGCAGUGAAAUUUAGUUGGCGUAAUCAUACUAAGCAAGCCGCUUCAUUCUUCAUAGGUACAAGCCCAGAAUUUGAUUUGGCACUUUAUACAUUAUGUUUUCUCACACGUCAACUUAAUAGGACAUGCCAAUUUGAAAUAGACGGAUGUACAUUCUUCAUUACCAGUUAUAACUUUAAGCAACGUGGCAAAAAUUUUAUCGGAACAAUUUAUCCGGUUGCUGGACAAUUUACGAACAAAUGCCGACACCAUAAUAUUCAAUAA